AUGGUUAAUGAUAAGUGUAUCAAGCUGAUGGAAUCAAAUAAAGACUAUAUUGACACUGUCAGGGAGAUAUACAGACUAAAAACAUCAGACGAAGUUGAAAUUGACAAUAUGUACAAAAACAUCAAGAGAAAACUUAUUGAAACAAAGUUGAUUUCUCCAGCUAAGGUCAUUUUAAUGAUAUCCAUUGCAUUAUAUUACAAUAAUCGUUACAUUAAAUCGUAUUGGUCCUUAUUCAAAAAGAUCUUUGAAGAAUAUCAUCCAAAACAGAUUGUUUCCAUUUCUCCACUAUUUGACUAUCUUGUUUAUGAAGAAUAUGGUAUUAUUUUUGAUAAAGAGAAUAAGAAAAAGUUUGAAUAUUUUAAAACUUUAAAUUGCUCAUUAGAUUUUCCAGAAUCAAACACAAUCAUUAAAGCAAUUAUGGAUGAUGAUGUCAAGCUAUAUAUCUCAUUUACAGAAAAGGAAGGAUUUGACAAAAAUCAAAUUUUUAAAAGUCCAUUCAAUCCUGAUACAAUUUACAGUUAUUUCUAUCCAUAUAUUGGAGCAAUCAGAUACACAUUGAUUGAAUUAUGCUGCUACUAUGGUGCAGUUAAUUGCUUCAAGCUAUUAAGAACAAAAUUCAAUUCGAAGAUUACAAAAGAAUGCCUUCAAUUUUCAUUUUUAAGUGGGAAUCCAGAUAUUUUGAAUGAAUGCUUGAAAUAUCAAAAACCAGAUUGGUGGUCCAUGGAAUAUGCAAUCAUCUCUCACAAUAUCGAUUUUGUUACUUUUUUGAUGAAUGAAUACAAUAUUGAAAUUAAAUGGAAUCAUAUCAAUGAUUGUUUGAAAUACAAUAAUAUUCCUGCAUUUUUAGUUGGUAUCAACAACAUUGAAGAUAAAAUAAUGUGUAAGAAACCAGCAAUGAGUUUUAAUAUUGUUUCAAUUUAUGAAUAUGUACCAUCUCUUGGUGGAGAUUUUAAUGGAUGCUCCCUUCAUUGCUGCUCAGGUUAUGAUUCACCUGCAAUUGCAGAAUUUCUUAUAUCAAAUGGUGCUGAUGUCAAUAAAAAGGAUGUGUACGGAAGAACUGCUCUUCAUUAUGCAGCAAUCGAUAAUAGCGUAAGAACAGCCGAAGUUCUUAUUUUACAUGGCGUUGAUAUCAAUGCAAAAGACAAAGGUGGCCAUACGGCUCUUUUUUAUGCAGAAAAUUAUAAUAAUGAAGAAAUUUCAGAUUUUCUAAUCUCACAUGGAGCAGAGAACAAAUCAUUUUCUUAUAAUGAAAUCACAGAGCUUCAUAUCCCACGAGACGCAAAUGUCCUUUGUCGAUAA